AUGCAGUUGCUGCUAUCGUCUUUUGCCACGCUGCACCAGCCUCUGCCGCGAUUCACUUGCGCUCGGUUGCCGCUAAUCCACAUGAACGUUGUCGAUCGCACGCCACCGUGGUCAUUUAACUUCACCGGCGUCGAGCCGACGUACACCGUGACGGACUGGGCCGCUGCUCGUUCGGUGAUGGCUGAGUACCUAAACGUCGCCCGUGCGAGCCGCGGUGCCAUGUUUAGCGGCUGGACGUGCGCUGGCGACAAGCUCUCCUGUCGCGAGGCCUUUGGCGACGCCAGCUUCGCGGCUGAGCACCUUGUCGCUGCCCGUGAGACCCUUGCGAAGCUGCAGGCCGUGGCGACGCUUGAGGAGGUGCGGGUGUACACACCCGCAGCCGACGCUGCGCUGAUGGAGGCGGCAAGAGAAGCCUUUUCUGCCGACGUGCAGCUGCUGGAGUUGGACGGCGGCGCGACUGCGCUCGUCCGGCCGUGGGGAGGCAUGUCACGAGGAUCGGAGUUUUGUUCGCUGACGGUCGACUUUGCGGUGUCGGACUGGGCCGCGGCCGCGCCGCUGAUGCAGCGCUGCGUCGAGCUCGCUGUGGUGGAGGGGAAGGGGUGCAUCUACUUUGGGUUCAGCCGCAACGCGGGCUGCCAGCUGGUGUGUCGGUCGGCCUACGCCACCGCAGACGCGCUCGAGGCCCACCUCCGCGGCGCGUCCCCUCUCGCCGCCGCCGUCGGGACGCUCUCCGAGGAUGGCGAGAUUGCGACGCUCGACGCGGCGCGGUUGGAUGCGCCGGCGGCCACCCUCGAGGCGAUGCGCGCGGACACACUCGAGUACCAUGGGUGCAAGGUGCAGCCCUUCUCCAUCGACCCGAGAGAGGGCGGCUUUCAGCGAUUCGAGCUGACAGGCUACAACAUGGGGCUGCUGGACCUCAAUAAGUGA